UCAAGUGCUACAACAAAAGGUUGAACUACUGAAGAAUUUUACAUUCUUGUUUUAGCAGCUUUGCCUUUUCAGAUGGGGGAUGGAUACGUUAUGGUCGCUGCAAUCGACUUCGGAACUACUUUCUCUGGUUAUGCGUUCUCAACAUCCGCGGAGUUCAAGAAAGAUCCCCUAAAGAUCCACGCUAAUCAAGCUUGGGUAUCCGGACAGAAGUAUCUCUUGUCCUUAAAGACACCAACAUGUCUGCUGUUGGAUAAAGAAGGGAAAUUUGUGUCAUUUGGGUUUGAUGCUGAAAACCGAUUUUCAGAUAUUGUUCUAGACGAGAAGGAAGACGACUACUUGUUUUUCAACAGAUUCAAAAUGAAGCUGCACAACAAUAAGGAAUUAACUCGGGAAAUGUUACUGGAAGACAUUUCAAAAAGAAAUUUCCCAGCAAUAAAAGUUUUUUCAAUGUCCAUUGGGGCACUUAAAGACCAUUUGAUGGACACAUUGAAAACACAAGGUUUAAUCGUCAAAAUUGACGAAAUACGAUGGGUUCUCACUGUGCCUGCAAUAUGGUCGGAUCCGGCGAAACAAUUUAUGAGGGAGGCGGCGAAAAUGGCAGGUUUGCCAGAUAAGAUGCUACGUAUUUCUUUGGAGCCAGAGGCAGCCUCCCUGUUUUGUCAGCAUCUUCCUGUCGAGAGGCUAGCUGGGGCUUCUAAAGGGUUCGGAGUCUCCCAGGAAGGCGCUAAAUACAUGGUCAUCGAUUUGGGGGGUGGGACUGCUGACAUAACGGUACAUGAAAAGUUGAAAGACAACAAAUUGAAGGAACUUUUUAAGGCAAGUGGUGGUGCAUGUGGUGGAACAGCAGUGGACACCCAAUUCUACUCUACUAUGCAAAGAAUAUUUAGCGGCGAAGUCAUGCACUGUCUACAAAAAGAGAAGACGUUUGCGUACCUGGAUUUGAUGAGAGAAUUCGAGACUGUUAAACGCGUAGUGAAACCUGAAGAUGCAGAUGACAAGAAAGUGAAUAUCACAAUUCCAUAUGUGACUAUAAAUGAAUUAUGCAAAGAUAUUCUUGAAGAAGAAGUAGGAGAAGUAUUGAAGCAUUCAACACUCAAAGACGAUAUAUCAUCCAUGGGCGACAAAUUUCGUAUAAGAGUGUCAUAUAUGAAAUCAUUGUUUCAGAAAACAAUCGAUGAAAUUGUACAGCACAUUAAAAACAUUUUAGAAAAACCAGAAGCAAAGGAUGUGUCGAGACUUCUUUUAGUGGGAGGAUUUUCUGAAUCCCAUCUCAUACAAAAUGCUGUAAAGAAAGCAUUCCCAAAAAUGCAUAUCAUCAUCCCAGAAGAGGCUGGCUUGGCAGUUUUGAAAGGAGCUGUGAUAUUUGGACAUCAACCAGACUCUAUUUCAUCCAGAAUCAUAAGAUACUCGUAUGGGGUCCGAAUCACGCCAGAAUUUGACAAGGCUAAACACAGAAAUGACAAGAAAUUUAUGGUAAAUGGUGUGGCACAUUGUGCAGACGUCUUUUCACCUUUCUUGAAAGCUGGCACUGAAGUUCCAGCUAAUCAUAAAGUCGUGGAUGCCUACACAAGCACCAGACCCUUUCAAGACUCAAUGCCAGUAGUUAUAUACUGUUCUGAGAAAGAAUCGCCUCAGUAUGUCACUGAUGAAGGUUGUAAGAAGCUUGGUGUCUUGGAUGUUAAAAUCCCCAACCCUUCUGCAGAAGACCACCAUUUAGCGGUUCAGUACCAGUUUGGGGACACGGAACUUCACAUGCUUGCAGUGGAAGUUCAAUCAAAAACACCUUGCUCUGCCAAAUUUAAUCUAAUAUGACUGCUAUAUAUCAAAUCUUACCGUCCAUUCGUGUAAUUUUUUACACUUGCACAAAAUAGAUAAUCUGCAUACAUCGAAA